UACGCGAGAAAAUACGUCGCGGAAAAAUACGUGGCAAUUUUCACUGACAUUUAUCACUGGAAAUAAAGUGAAAACAAUUAUAUAAUGUGAAACGAAAUAGUGCAUUAUAAUGUGAUCAUAAUGAAGCUAUGGCAGUCGGAAGUCUGCUUUUUAAUACUGUUAACAGUAAAAAAUAACGUUACAUCAUUAAAUCUAAAAGUACAAGAAAUGACUGACACAACUACAAACUAUGAAGGUUUUUCAGUUGCAAACGCAACUGUUAGUAAAUUAAAUGAUGUUAAGAGUCAAAGAAAAAUGUUGAUACCAGCGUACGUGCGGUUACAAUCAAACAAAAUUCCUAGUUCCAAAGAGUUAGAUAUUACUACAAAUGAAGCAAGUACUGAACAAUCAAGACAUACCAAUAGGAAUGCUUCUGAAGUGGUUGAAGAUAUAACUACGCCAUCAGUAACAUCGGUGACGGAAAUUGACCCUGGUAUGACGCAGCUUCAUGCAGUACAGCACGCUGCGCUGCCGCUAGGUGUUGAGGUACAUCCUCUGCCCCUAGAAGGAGCAGAUCAUGAGCUUCAGCUCAACGUGACAUGGCUACCAAGCAUUGGUCCACCAGCAUCAGACUACUCUCUGGAGGUGCGCAGCGUGACCAAUACUGUGGACUGCAUGACGCCAAUGUGUUACGAAUAUAACAUUCCAGGGGAGUCUAGAUGGUGGGUAGUGCCUCCCCAGCCGAGUCCUGUAGCGGAGGGUUGCGCGGUGCGGCCGGGCUGCGCGUACGCAGUCAAACUCAUCGCACACCCGUGGGAUGGGCACACGUCCGCCAACGUUAAUGUUGAACUAGAAGAAUGCGUGUCCGGAGUAUGCUCAUGCGCACAUUCCCCGCGGCUGCCUAUACCCCAAGUGUCAGCGCACACUGUCUCCAUACAUGGAGAAAUAUUCGUCAACGUCACAUGGUCGCUUCCCCCGCCACCCUUCCCAUACAGACUGCCACCAGAUCUGAGGAAGAUGUAUUAUUUUGUCAGUAUCGGCAAACAGAUGGUAUCAGACGCACAUCCAUCUCCCUGGUUCGCUCAUGCGGUGUCUCGUCGCGUUGAUGUCGAUACUCCGGUAGCACUACCUGACGGUCCACGAUGGAUGCUACUACCCACUGUUGAGCGGAGCGAUAAGCGGAAUGGAGAGCGAAGCGAACCGCGCAAUAUCGUACUUGAUGUCAAACUAUUAGCAAGAGUGAAUUUAAUCGAUGAACGCGGCUGUAUUGGACCUGCGGGAAACGCUACCGCUUAUGAUCCCUUGGCAGCUAAAAAGAUCACAAUGGCAACUUAUGCACUAUGGGCAGUAUUCGGAGGUACUUGUGUGUUGGCUAUGGUGAUACUGUUCGCCGUGAGUGCACGCUUGGUGAAGAGAGUGCUAAGCGAGUUCCGACCCGCGCCCGUGCCCGCCUCCGCUUCGCUCGAGCCACUGCGCCACCACCCGACGUGGUUACCGCUAGCUGUCGGCGCAACAAACGAGGUUCAGUCAAGAGGACAAAUGGAAAACAGCCCACUCUAUGUCCACAAACAUUUUGAGACAACAGGAGAAGGCACAGACAAAUGGGAGGUGGCGCGGACACGUGUCCACCUAGGCGCGCUCAUAGGCAGCGGCGCGUUCGGACACGUGCAUCUCGCGGAGCUCGACAUGCCCGGCGGAGAGACCACUACGGUCGCCGCUAAAAUGCUCUCAGAUAACGCAAAUGAGGAAGAAAUGCAAGAUUUCCUCAGAGAGAUAGUGAUGUUAAAACACGUUGGUUGCCACCGGAAUGUAAUCAGAUUGGUCGGCUGUUGCACUACUAAGGCGCCGCUGAUAGCGUUACUAGAACACGCGCCGAGAGGGGACCUACUAUCUCUUCUGCGUGCGGCCAGAGGUAGAAGGAAGUUGGAUAUACAACGCUCCAAGAGGAAUGCCGAUGUUGACAGACAUUGUGAAGAAGAAUCAGAGUACACAAACCUCAGCGACUCGGACCCGGCGUUGUACGAUGACAAAUUAUACAGAGCUGAUGUGAACCCCAGAGUAAAGGACCAUUAUGUGGCUGAACCUGCUUUACACUUGGACAGUGGCACCAUGCGGGAAUACGCGUUACAGGUGGCGCUGGGUAUGAGACAUCUGGAAGAGAGGGGGAUCACGCAUCGAGAUCUCGCAGCUCGGAACAUUCUAGUGGACAGCGCGGGUACGCUCAAAGUAGCUGACUUUGGACUAUCACGGUCCGGGGUAUACGUGCACACGAGAGCUCGGCCCGUGCCGCUCCGCUGGCUAGCCCCAGAGGCCAUCUUCCACGCACAUUACUGCAGCGCGAGUGACGUCUGGGCAUUUGCUGUGUUACUGUGGGAGAUCGCCACGUUAGGAGGUUUCCCAUACGCGGAGCUGAGCAAUCAUCAAGUACCAACAUAUCUAACAGGAGGUGGUCGAUUACCUCGGCCUGCGCGCGCCUCCUCACGGUUAUACGAGCUGAUGACCGACUGCUGGGCGGACAUACCCACCGACCGUCCGACAUUCGCCGUCAUUGUAGACAAACUAACUGGCCAGAAACAAUUAUAUGUAGAUUUAGACGCUUUCCCCACAUCUGAAGAUCACCUUACCACACUCAGUGAUUGAAUGAUAGAACGAUCGGUCACCCAUUAGUCUGGGCGACUGGCAAUCUAACUCACAAAUCUGAGUGAAUGACUCAGACUGUCACCAACCGAGUGACUGAGCAACUCUAAAACAAGUGAAGCUACAGUGCACUACGGUGACCAAAAAAAAGACUGAUUCUUUGUUGUUGUUAUUUACCCCAUCGCAUUAAAUGUAUUUAUAUUU